ACCCUUGCGGAGCUGCUGUCACUUGGCGUACGGGAGGCUCUCCGGGCCGGGGCGCUUUGUGCCGGGGCCGGGCUCCGCAUCCUGCCCGAGAUCACCGGCCCCGGAAACAAAGUUUCUCACGAGCGCGCUGCCCUGGGCUUAUUCUGAGCGAUCGAACCACCCAGCGGUUCUGGAAGAAUUCGGUGUGUGACUUGAGGACGUAGACGGUAACUCCCCUGGUUUAAGGCUGAACCUGGCAAGUUUGCGUCUGCACAACGGGAUGAGCAGGCCGCAGCGCUGGGCCCGCGCAGGCCCACCCCUUCCUUUGACCCCAAAGAAACUGCACCCUGACAGGCCACCGGGUGUGGCUUGCGGGACCCACAGAUUUCCCAUGUUCCUUCUCUACAAGUGAUUUCCCAGAUCAUAACCCUCCGCUGAGGUUUGAGUUGGAUUUGAGAAUUUGGAGAAUCCCUGCAGCUUGGUGACUUCGGGGGUGCUGUCCGUUGAAGAAUUCACUUGCGGAGGAGCUCCGUGUGUGCAUCCUGUCUCAUAACUGAGUGCCGAAGGUGAGUGCGGCUUCCUGCCCAAAGCAGACGGGAGCACUUGCCGCUUUUGCCUCAGAUGCUCGCUCUGCGUGAGUAGAAUGGCAGUAAAUGCAGCUCUGAUCCGUUGAGCCUCGUAAAACAAGGACUCCAUGAAAGAUGACAGAGGAGGUCAUCGUCAUAGCCAAGUGGGACUACACGGCGCAGCAGGACCAGGAGCUGGACAUCAAGAAGAACGAGCGCCUGUGGCUGCUGGACGACUCCAAGACCUGGUGGCGGGUGCGCAACGCGGCCAACAGGACGGGCUACGUGCCGUCCAACUACGUGGAGAGGAAGAACAGCCUGAAGAAGGGCUCCCUCGUGAAGAACCUCAAGGACACGCUCGGCCUCGGCAGGACCCGCAGGAAGACAAGCGCCCGAGAUGCAUCGCCCACACCCAGCAUGGACGCGGAGUUCCCCGCCAACGGAGGCGGCGCCGACCGCAUCUACGACCUCAGCAUCCCGGCCGUGGUCAAGUUCGCGUACGCGGCCGAGCGCGAGGACGAGCUGUCGCUGGUGAAGGGCUCGCGCGUCACCGUCAUGGAGAAGUGCAGCGACGGCUGGUGGCGGGGCAGCUACAACGGGCAGGUGGGCUGGUUCCCAUCCAACUACGUGCUGGAGGAGCUGGACGAGGCGGCCGCCGACGCACCCGGGGGCCCGAGCCUGCGGCCCAGCGCCGCGCUCAGCAACGGCCAGGGCGCGCGGGUCCUGCACGUGGUGCAGACGCUGUAUCCCUUCAGCUCGGUCACCGAGGAGGAGCUCAACUUCGACAAGGGCGAGACCAUGGAGGUGAUCGAGAAGCCCGAGAACGACCCCGAGUGGUGGCGCUGCCGCAACGCGCGCGGCCAGGUCGGCCUGGUGCCCAAGAACUACGUGGUGGUGCUGAGCGAGGGCCCGGCCCUGCACGCCGGCUCUGGCCCCGCGGGGCCUGCGCGCGCCGGCCGGUUCGCGGGCCGCGAGUGGUACUACGGGAACGUGACGCGCCACCAGGCCGAGUGUGCGCUCAACGCGCGGGGCGUGCAGGGCGACUUCCUCGUCCGCGACAGCGAGUCCUCGCCCAGUGACUUCUCCGUGUCUCUCAAAGCAUCAGGGAAGAACAAGCAUUUCAAGGUGCAGCUGGUGGACAACGUCUACUGCAUCGGGCAGCGGCGCUUCCACACCAUGGACGAGCUGGUGGAUCACUACAAGAAGGCCCCCAUCUUCACCAGCGAGCACGGGGAGAAGCUCUACCUCGUCCGGGCGCUGCAGUGAGCCCAGUGGACGCGCCCCGGAAAGGCGCCCCGGCCCGGGCCCUCCCGCAGGCCCGCUCCCGGUGGCCGCCCCGUCCUUGCUCUCUCCAGCUGGUUUCCCUUUCUGUCCGGGUCGGUUCGUUUGCCAUCCGCCCUCCUUUGCCGUCCCAGGCCCUCCUGGACGGUUUUGGUGACGGGGAGGCGAAAGGGGACGAGUCAGAUCACUUUAUUCCUUCUCCGUGGGAGCCAGCCUUAGUCUGUUCAAAUCGCUCGUGCCAGCCAAGCGCCCCUUUAAAGACAUCGGGCGCGGUUUGGGUGCACCGGAGCCGCCCUUACUUCCGUGAGCCACAGCGCACGUGACAGCGGGGCCGGGCCCUGGGUGGCACCUGCCCAGGGACCACCUGUCCUGGUCCCGGCAUCCCUGGAUCUGUGUCAUUUGCGUUCACACAGCUCCCAGACUCUCCGGGGGUGACCCCGGGCACUCGUAGCAAUACUGGAACCACCGGGUGAGACGGGAGGGAAGAAGCUGUCCAGUGCCUUUGGGGCUGCACCUGCAAUAAAGAAAAGAGGUCCUGGAAAGUCGGUCCGGAGACUCGGAAAGACAGAGGUUUCGGAAAUGUUCCCCCAAGAGAUGCCAUCUGCAUAUAGUGCUUUUUCCUCUUGCCCUGCGGCUCGUUUCAAUCUCACAAUGAUGUAUUUAAUUCUCAAAGUAAUAUGUAUCUAUAGCCAUUUGUUGACACUAAUACAGAUGAUUAAGGAAAACAGCUGAUCUUUGGGAAAGGGGAGCGACCAACACUUCACACACACAUACACUAUAUAUAUAUAAAAAAUUUGCUUUACAGGGAAAUUUUUCAGGGUUUACAAAAGGAUAUGUGAUUGGUAGUAGGAGACACAGAAUGUUUAUGAAGAAAUUGCAUUUUCUUUUUUCUUUACAUUUGAACUCCUUUAUAGUUUAAAUAUACACUCUUGAGAUGGGCACAUUCCUACAGCUGAGGAAGGGGUCUUGAGACCUCCUAAACUUGCAUACUCAGUUUUUUGGAUAUUGUAAUAAAAAAGUAUUAUGACACGA